AUGACCAGCUGGUUUGGCCCGUCGGCCGACAUUGACGCCGACCUCUCCGAUCCGCCGCUGCUACAAGACAACUCUACGUUUAAAUCCUACAAAACCAGUCAAUUCGAAUACACCAAUCUUCGCGUCUUUUAUCGACAGCAUGUCAAAGCCGAUCAACUCCCUGCGGCUCUACCGCUACUGGUGUGCGUACCCGGCCUAGGCGGCUCCGUGGCCCAAUUCCACCCGCUUCUCAAUAGUCUUUCCGACUUGGCACCAUGCCUCGCUAUGGAUUUCCCUGGCGGUGGCAGAUCCAAGUUCAGCAUCAAUUCCUGGGACGCAUACACUACCCAGGCUCUUGUUGAACUCCUCGAAACCGUUAUCGAAGACCACCGUGCUCCCGACCAAAGCGUAGUCCUUAUCGGCCACAGCAUGGGCACAGCCUUAUGCGCAUGGCUCGCUAGUAAAAGCUCGCCUCACAAAACCAAAGUUGCUGAUCACGUCACGGGCUUUGUUGCGAUAUGUCCCGUAUCCAGCCCCAUUGACGAAGCCAAGACGACCUUGAUACGCCGACUCAUGUGGGUUCCCGGCUGGGUAUUUGCCCUUUGGCGAAUGUGGGAUGGCAUGGGAGGACCCAAUAGUCCCAGCGUGGCGCGCUUUGUUGGAGACGCUGGUGAUGAAGAGCUGAAAGUUCUGCAAUAUCGGUACAACCAACAGAGUAGGACGCCAGUGUGGCGUCGAAUGGUCCAUGGAGCACUACCAACCUAUACGGAUGGAAAGCCGAGCGGUGGAUUUCCAACGUGCGAUAUCUGGGCGGGCCUAGAGAUUCCAGUUUAUUUGAUUGCUGGUGAAUCUGACCAUCUAACGCCCCCUAAAGAGGUUGAGACGAUUGUUACCGCCAUGAAAGCGGCCCACAAAGGCGAAGAAGCGGCAGCGCCUACUUCGGUAGAGAUCUCGCUCGAAGCGCAGCAUCACAUCAGCAUCGAUAUGCAAUCAAACGCAGUCAGCAGUCCAGACGCAGACGGAUCGCCAAGUGAGCCACUGUCGCCGGCUGACGCUGCGUCUACAGGGGUCCCACCACAACCUGCUCACCCCCAGCGAGCUGUACAAUCUACAGUGAUGCCGGCCCCCGCUAACCAUACCCUUUUGUACAGCCAUCGUUCGGUUAGGGCUUUGGCUGGGCUAAUUUCCGACUUUUUGGCUACUCAUGUUACCGGUCGCCUCUCACUAGCAUGGCAGCUCCAAUAUCUGUCCCGCGAGGGCAAGUGGGAUGUCAAGAACCUCAAUAAGUGGAAGGCUGUACCGCCCGUGUCAGAACCUAUCGGUCCAAGCAACGGCCCGCCCAUUUUUAUGGUUAUGAAAACGCUACGAGAGGCUGAUGACGUUCACUGCCCACGCGUAUUUGCCCAAGUUCAUGGUGAACUGGUCAAGGACGUACUUGAUAUUUCCAAGGACCAACCGGUCUACGACCCGCGAGGACUGGAGCGCGAGGGCAUCCAUUAUCACAAAUUUGCCACUAUAUCCAAGGUGCCACCUUCCCACGAGGAAGUGGAAACUUUUAUUGGAUUAGUGGACAAGAUCAGAGCGGCGCAGGCUGAGCGGGCGGCGGCGGAAGGAUGGGAGACGGGCAAGACGUUCCUUGUGGGAGUCCACUGCCACUACGGCUUCAACCGAUCCGGCUACUUUGUGGUCUGCUACCUAGUUGAACGUUGCGGUAUGUCGCUCGAGGACGCCAUUGCCACGUUUGGGCGGAUGCGUCCCAACGGCAUCCGCCACUCGCACUUCCUUGACAGGCUACAUGUGCGCUACGACUUGCAUAGCGUCUAA